AAUAAUUUGAUCGUGUGUGGCAUUCCUGUUUCGUUUGUUUACAAACAUGAAAUUCUAUUUAAAAAAGUCCAUGGAGACGUGUUUUUAACCUUGUCAAAAUUAUUUGUAAAUGCGAGUUCUGUGCUGCUAAAUCUACUGUGCGCUACUACACUUUGUGCUUAAUGAUACACUGUCAGUUCAUUACCAUUACACCGUUCUUCUUUCUUGUAUAGUUAGGCAGUUGGAUUGUUUUCACUCAUUAAAAUGUUCACCAGUUUAUGUACAUAUUUAGAUGAUACGCUACUUUGGCGUUAACAAUUUUUACUUUACAUUUUAUGACGAAUAUUGGAAUAUUCAAGAAGAUGAGCGAACCCUGCAUUACUUUUGAGUCGCUGUACAUCAAUACGGAUGUAACGUGUGUGAAAUGUUACGGAGAUUACAUACUGACAGGAUCGGGACCGUGGUUCAGUAUAUAUAAUGCAGAGACCUCAGAAUGUUUAUUAAAAUGUUCGGUCUUCCAUGGACAGAGGAUUCAUGGUAUAGCUCCACAGUCAGAUGAAAGAAUUGCUAUUUUUGGUGGAAGACAAGUUGUUUUUCUUCACUUAAACCUGAAUUUUAAAGAAAUCCUUAACAAAAUCAGAUGUCAUGUUGAUGAGUGGAUAAUUGAACUUCAUUGGUUGGAAUGUGGAAGAAAAUUUGCCAUUCUUACUGCAGAUAAUGUCAUUUCACUCUGGAAGAUGAAUGAACCAGAGCAACUUGUUAAAGUUUCUUGCGAGUUAAACUGUCUUGUCUAUAGUGCUGUCAUGCUUAAAGAAUCAUGGUCAAACCUGAUUGUGUUAGCAGGCACAGCUUUUGGGAAAAUUCUUGUAUGGAAACCUGCUCUUAAUCUUUCAGAAAAACAGGAACACGUCCUGCAUACACUUACUGGGCAUGAUGGUGUUGUAUCAUCUGUAUCAUAUGAUGCAGAGACUAGUGUCAUCUGUACCACUUCAGAUGACCGCUCAGUAAAAAUAUGGAAAGUGAGCCUGAAUCAUGAGGAAUAUUGGGAAACUGCAUCAAUUCAGUUAGUCUGUUCAUUGUAUGGACACACAGCAAGAGUAUGGAAGGCUGUCAUAGUGAACAGAACUGUAGUUAGUGUUGGUGAGGAUUCAUCUGUAAUGGUGUGGGGAUUUGAAGGAAAAUUGCUGAAACAGUGGAAGUAUCAUCAGAGCAGUACCAUAUGGGCUAUGGACUACAGCACUGAGAAAAAAAUUGUUGUUGUCGGUGGAAGUGAUGGGGGAGUUAUUGCAUGGCCAUUUAAUAUGUGGAGAGAAGAGAGUUUGAAUCAUGCACAAUUGUCUUUCCACGGAUGCUUAAACAAUUCAGUUAAUCAUGUAAAUCAUAUAGAUGGCAUCAUACUUCGCCGUAUUGUUAUUUUAAAGGAUAACCAUGUAGUGGCAUUAACUAAAAAUGCCGCUCUUUGGCAUUAUGAUGACUGCCAUGGUGCCGAAUGUAAAUUUACAUUUGACUGCAAAAGAUUUUCAAAUAUAUGCCUUCUUGACAUCUCACCAUCAAGAGCUUUGCUUGCUAUUGCAUCAUGUGAUGGUGAAAUUCUUGUUAUGAGUGAUGAAAACUGCUGCAGAGGGGAAACCUUAACAAAACUGGUCGAAGUGCACUCUUCGGAAGGAGCCAUAUCAUCAUUGCACUGGGCUUCAGAUGACUGUUUAUUAGUAUGUUCCUCUUCUGGUCCUAUGGAGCUAUGGAAACUCAAAGCAGUUGGUGAUGAAUGUCAAUCUCUUACCUGUCUUCAGAAGUUCAGCUUACCAACUAAGAAAAGGUCAUCUGUUAUGACAGCUGUGAUUCAUGACAGUCAUCUGUUAUUUGGUGACAGGACAGGAAACAUACAUGUUUAUGGUUUAAUAACCACUGAUGAUAACAAUGGGACAGUAAUGUUGGAUAAACUGCAUACAAAGCACCAACACGGAAAAGAAAGUGUCACAUUUAUAAUGAGCCUGAAAUCUGAAAUAAUUUCAGUUGGACGUGAUGGUUUGCUCUGCUGGUUUACUGUAGCAAAUAAAACAUUACAUGAGGUUUCUGUCUGUAGGCUACCUAUGGAAUGGCCUGCAAGAAUUCUUAUUGCAAAUGGUGGAAUCCUUAUUGCAGGUUUUGUUGAUGUGAAAUUUAUUGUUUGGAGCCAUGAAGAAAAACGAAUACUCCUAGAAGUUCAAUGUGGAGGUGGUCAUAGAGCAUGGGACUGUGCAGUUAAUGAAGAUAUUUUCACUUUUCUAUAUCUGAAAGAUAAUGUUGUACACAGAUGCAUAUGUAGCUUAGUUGAUUUAACACGACCACACUUGCAGAAAGGUUUUCAUCUCAAGGACAUUAAUUGCCAGAAGCUUAUUUGUGAAAAUACAGUCAAAAUUCCAUACCGCCUUGUGGCAUGCGGUAGUGAAAACAAUACAGUUUAUCUUAUUUUUCUUCAAGCUGGCAUGGCACCUACAGUAGCAGCAGUUCUUGACACACACAUAUCCAGUGUGAGAACUCUGGAUGUAUGUUGCCUAAGAAAGUCUGAAGAGUCUGAUUUGUUCCUGCUGGUUACUGCUGGUGGAAGAGCUCAGCUGAAAGUGUGGAAAAUUUGUGUUUCGCAUUCAGGAGAUGAAGCUGUAUUGCCACAAGUGUAUUGCUCUGAAGUUUGCUCAGAUAUUUUGAAUAAAUGUGGAGGUAAGAAGAAAGCACCUUGGAAGUCACUGCAGCCUGUGGCAGAGGCAGAUAUGCGGUAUAUGGACAUCUGCAUCUUGCAAACCGAACACACCCCAAGAGACACUUGUGAAUACACUGUUCCAUUUGCUUUUAUUUUGGCAGGGUGUUCAGAUGGGAACUGGAGGUUGCUAAAUUACAAUACACAGUGUGACCAUCUGAAUCAUCUGAAAGCAUUUCCCAGCCAAACGUGUGUGUUGAAAGUUGGCUAUCUUUUCACCAGGAGCCAUUAUUUUGUUUUUACAAUGGACACCAAUGGAUGUUUAAGAUUAUGGGAUUUAACUGCUGAUAUCCAUGACGCAGUAAUAAGUAAAUUUCAGAUGCCUAACAAUCAUAAAAACUCCUUCGUUCAGACAGAGAAACAGAGAAAACCAUUGUUUUCAAUGAAAGUGCACCAAACAGGCAUUAAUAGUAGUGAUACAUUUAGUGUAUCAUGUGAGAGGUUUGUUAUUGGUACAGGUGGUGAUGAUAAUGCACUAUCACUAACCAUGCUUGAUUUGAAGGUUGGGAAUGCUGGAGAUAUGGAUGUAGUUUGUGUUUCUCAGUGGAAAGAUACAACUGCACAUCUUGCACAGAUUACAGGCAUAAAAAUGUUUAAUGGAUUCAUUAUUACUGGUUCUGUGGAUCAAUGCAUUGCAUUGUGGAGCUGGAGUUACCUAUCAUGCAAAUUGAAUGCUACGAAACUUCAAAGCUUUUGUAGUACCAUUACUGACAUUAAAGGAUUUCUUGCAUGGAGAACAGAGAAUGGAUUUACCAUUUCUCUUUAUGGUCAAGGCAUGGAAUUGAUCAAAGCCAUUGUAAAUGAUGAUCCGGACAAGGAGGCAGCUCAAAAAGUUUGAAAUCUGAAAGCAGAUUAGGUAUUGAGACGUACUCAGUGUUUCCUACUGAGCAAGGUGAUGCAGUGAUUAUCACUCUGGACUUGGAUUUGGGAGGAUGACAGUUCAACUCACCAUCCAGUCAUCCAGAUCUGGGUUAUCUGUGAUUUCCUUCCCCAUUCUUGAAACAAUCUGAGCUUCUACUCUGUCUGUAAUUACAUCAAUGUUGAUGGGAUGUUAAACCCUAAUCUUCCUUCCUGGUUCCUUUUUUCAAUGUUUCUUCCAGUAAAUGGUCACUCAUUUAUUCAGAAUCAGGAUUUAAUUUAAAUUUUCCAAUAUAAAUACAUAUCAUUUGGUAACUAAUGUUCUAUUAAAGAUACUUGGUUUUAUGGCUGUUGUUACUGUAUUUCAUUGUAGCAAAAGGAAUGUAGCAUGGACACCACAUGAGAUGUAGCCAGGCUGCUGCAGCUCAACCAUCUCAGAUAGAAAGCUCAAUAACUUUUAAUUCAACUGAUGGAGAUUCCAUUGGGUCCAGGAAGUUUGUUGUAGUUUAGCAAUUUCAGCUGUUUCUCAAUGUACACUAUCUUGUCCGUGGCAUGAGAAUGGCAGUGGAGCAGCAGUCCUGGAUUUUCAUUUGUAAACACACAUUUGAAAGUCAAAUUAAACAUUUCUGCUUUUGUCUUGCUACCUCAGUUUCAGUUCCAGUGUCAUUCAUGAGUGUCUGGCACUAACUCGGGUGCUACUGAAAGCCAUUAUAUUUAUGACCAGAAUUUCUUUGCCUCUUGUGAAGUGUCUUUCCAUUCAGAAAAUCUCUAUCUACAGCCCUUAUUGUGCAAUGUUCAGUGUUUCUUACUUACAGAGACUGUAUACCAAACAGGGACCCCCUUUGUGAACUGACCUACUAUGAAUAUAUCUGUCCAGUCAUUAGUCAAUUAGUCCUCUAAACUUGAAUCACAUUUUCAUUUUUUUGUAGCCCUGUCUUCCUCAGUUGCGUGUAAUAUUACGGUAUAUUGAUAAUUUUUACUUAUGGACCAUAAGUGGCAAAAAUGUAAAUUUAAAUAACUAACAUAUGUACAUAUUUCAGGCCGCUGAUAAUGCCUUGCAGAAAAUAAAGGCAAAACGCGUAUGGCACUAAAAUUGUGUUUUAUUCAGUUGCUGUCAGAUGGCCCAUAAGUAAAAAUUAUCAAUAUACCGUAAUAUUGAAUCACAUUUCUUAUUCAUGCUCCUGCCCAGAGCUUAAUGCUUCACAUUUGUACUUGAGAUAUGACACUACUGCCUCUUUAUCUAAUUUACUGGAUAAGUAAAUCUUUCUACUGGCCUUAGUUGCCCUUUAUACUUUGCAAAUCAUUGUUGCUACAACUGCCUCGUGUUCACUGAUACCUGUUUCAAUGUGGACCUCCUCAGAGAGGUCAGGUUUAUUUGUAGCCCUAAGAUUUUUGCAUUUUAUGCAACCCUCAGUGCCUUCAAAAACCAUGUGCAGGAUUUUCAUAUUCUCUCACUUGCUGCAUGCAAACUAUUAGUCCUACAGACAAAAUGAACACGACCUUUCUGUAGGAAAUUAAAUGUAGUUAAAUUUUGUAUCGGGGGCUACAUUUUUGCUGGAGGGCACAAUUUUCGUGUUAUUCAAGAAAAAUGCAUUUGGAGGUCACUUUUGUAUGUUUCUCUUUAAUAAUUCAAAAACCACAUGCUCUGGCAAAAACAUAUCCCUCUGUAAAAUUAAAAUACAUUAAAUUUCCUACAAAAAGAUCCUGAGUCUCGUGGUCAACAGAAGGACCCAGUAAUAAAUUUAUGUACAUCCCUGAUACUGGGUCUUGGCCAAAAAAUCUCACAUUCAGCUUCACUUUCUCUGUCAGUGGAUUUGAGUUUUGUCUGUUGCGAUGAAUCCACCACUUCUAUUUCCUGUUAGGCUAUCCUUGUAAUCAUCUAGUAAAAUUUCUGCCAAAGAGGCUAUGGGACAGCAUGAGUAAAAAGUGAUAAGUUCUUUGAUUUAUUAUGUAUAAUGUGACUAAAAUUAUGUAAAUAAGUUACAGAUACAUGUAAAAUCUUUGUAUUAUGUGUGUACUAUGCCUAUAUCUGUGCAAAUAAAGGCAUAUUUUUGAGAA